AUGUCCGGCGAGCUCCGCCCCGCCCCGUCGAGCCUCCGUCCCCGCCCCCGCCCGGCGACCUCCGCCCCCACCCCGCCACGCCCGGCGAGCUCCGCCGCGCCACGGGUCGCCAAGCCACGGCGACCUGCGCCCCCGCCAUGCCCUGGCGAGCUCCGCGCGUUCCCUUCCUGCCACGCCCGGCGCGCCCCGCCCAGGUCCGUCCCGCCCGCGUCGACCUCCGCCCCGACGAGCUCUGCUCCGGCAGGCCCCGCCGCGUCGACCUCCGCCACCGCCCGUGCUCGCCUGCUCGUGGCCGACGCGGCCGGUGCCGCCCCGCCCAUGCCUCGCGCGGACGGCUCCGCCACCGCCCCGUGCGUGCUCGUCCGUGGCCGGCGCGGCCGCCGCCUCCCUCACCCGUGCUCGCCCGUGCCCGCGCAUGGCCGACGCGGCCGGCGCCGCCCGCCCCCGCUCAUGCACGCUCGUGCUCGCCCCUCGUCCGUGGCCGACGCGGCCGACCGGAUGGAGGCGCGGCCCCGUUCCUCGCCACGUGCACGGCCCCAUCCACUCGCCGUGGGUGCGCGGCCCCGUCCGCCGCCGCGGCCCUCGUUCGCCGCCACCCUUGAGGCGCGCCCGAGGCGCCAGGCAGUCUGCGCUGCCCCGUUCGACGCUGCCGGCGUGGCUGCAAGCUCGCAGCGGGCGCUGCCCCGUUCGACGUUGCCGGCGCGGCUCCAAGCUCGCCGGGGGCGCGGAGCUUGUUUCGCCUCCGGCGACUUCCGGCAUAUGUGA